AUGUUUUGGAGCGGAUCAUCCACUAUCGGCUUAUCAAACAUCGUGAAGGAACCACUCGUGAAGAAGCUGGCUUUCGACCUGGUCGAUCGACGACUGGAUGUUGUUCAUUGCCGUGAGAAUGGUUUAAGUGUGGCAACGGUUGAGUUGGAAAUGCUCCCACACCCAAACUGGAACGUACCUCCUGGUCGUAAAAGAAAGUUCUGGAGGGAGAUGGUAAAGGAAGACCUGAGACAGUCAGCGUUGAUAGGCGGUUCAACCGAAACGAAACGUUUUGCAGGAAUAGCGAACCGAUGGUUGGGUUCUGUGCGAGCUGUAGCUGAAAAUCGAACAGGAUAA